GCGCAGAACCAGGAGGCUCCGCUCGCCGCCAGGACCUGAGCCGACCCGACCCGACCCGACCCAGCCUCGCGGCCAUGGACCUGUCGCGGGGCCUCGUGGUGGCCUGGGCGCUCAGCCUGUGGCCAGGGUUCACGGAGGCAUUCAACGUGGACACCAGGAGGCCGCGGGUCAUCGUGGGCCCCAAGACCUCCUUCUUCGGGUACACGGUGCAGCAGCACGACAUCGGUGGCAAGAAGUGGUUGGUUGUGGGGGCCCCACUGGAAACCAACGGCCACCAGAAGACAGGUGACAUCUACAAGUGUCCUGUGACCCAGGGCAACUGCACCAAGCUCAACCUGGGAAGGGUCACCCUAUCCAAUGUGUCUGAGCGGAAGGACAACAUGCGCCUGGGCCUGAGCCUCGCCACCAACCCCAAGGACAACAGCUUCCUGGCCUGCAGCCCGCUCUGGUCUCACGAGUGCGGCAGCUCCUACUACACCACGGGGAUGUGCUCCCGAGUCAACGCCAACUUCCGGUUCUCCAAGACUGUGGCCCCAGCCCUCCAGAGGUGCCAGACCUACAUGGACAUCGUCAUUGUCCUGGACGGCUCCAACAGCAUCUACCCCUGGGUGGAGGUCCAGCAUUUCCUCAUCAACAUCCUGAAGAAGUUUUACAUUGGCCCAGGGCAGAUCCAGGUUGGAGUUGUCCAGUACGGGGAAGACGCAGUCCAUGAAUUUCACCUCAAUGACUACAAAUCUGUCAAGGAUGUGGUAGAAGCUGCCAGCCAUAUAGAGCAGAGAGGAGGAACAGAGACCCGAACAGCAUUUGGCAUUGAAUUUGCUCGCUCUGAGGCCUUCCAGAAGGGCGGAAGGAAAGGGGCCAAGAAGGUGAUGAUCGUCAUCACGGAUGGGGAGUCCCAUGACAGCCAAGACCUGGAGAAGGUGAUCCAGCAGAGCGAGAGAGACAACGUGACAAGAUACGCUGUGGCGGUCCUGGGCUACUACAACCGCAGGGGCAUCAAUCCAGAAGCUUUUCUAAAUGAAAUCAAAUACAUCGCCAGCGACCCCGAUGAUAAGCACUUCUUCAAUGUCACCGAUGAGGCGGCCCUGAAGGACAUUGUCGAUGCCCUGGGAGAACGGAUCUUCAGCCUAGAAGGCACCAACAAGAACGAAACGUCCUUUGGGCUGGAGAUGUCACAGACGGGCUUUUCCUCGCAUGUGGUGGAGGACGGGAUUCUGCUGGGAGCUGUGGGCGCCUAUGACUGGAACGGGGCUGUGCUGAAGGAGACGAGCGGCGGCAAGGUGAUCCCUCUGCGCGAGUCCUACCUGAAGGAGUUCCCCGAGGAGCUCAAGAACCACGGCGCCUACCUGGGGUACACAGUGACGUCGGUCGUGUCCUCCAGGCAGGGGCGGGUGUACGUGGCCGGAGCCCCCCGGUUCAACCACACGGGCAAAGUCAUCCUGUUCACCAUGCACAACAACCGGAGCCUCAGUAUCCGCCAGGCUCUGCGGGGCGAGCAGAUAGGCUCCUACUUCGGGAGUGAGAUCACCUCAGUGGACCUGGACGACGACGGGGUGACCGACGUCCUGCUGGUGGGGGCGCCCAUGUACUUCAGCGAGGGCCGUGAGCGGGGCAAGGUGUACGUGUACACCGUGCGGCAGAGCCGGUUCGUUUAUAACGGGAUGCUGAAGGAUUCCCACAGCUACCAGAAUAGCCGCUUCGGCGCGUCCAUCGCCUCGGUCAGGGACCUCAAUCAGGACUCCUACAACGACGUGGUGGUGGGCGCCCCGCUGGAGGACGGCCACCAAGGAGUCAUCUACAUCUUCCACGGCUCCCAAGGCGGCAUCCUGAAGACACCCAAGCAGAGAAUCGCAGCUUCUGAGCUGGCGCCCGGCCUCCAGUACUUCGGCUGCAGCAUCCACGGGCAGUUGGACCUCAAUGAGGACGGGCUGGUAGACCUGGCGGUGGGUGCGCUGGGCAACGCCGUGAUUCUGUGGUCCCGGCCCGUGGUCCAGAUCAAUGCCAGCCUCCGCUUCGAGCCGUCCAAGAUCAACAUCUUCCACAAGGACUGCAAGCGCAGUGGCAGGGACGCCACCUGCCUGGCCGCCUUCCUCUGCUUCGCGCCUGUCUUCCUGGCCCCCCAUUUCCAGACGGCAACUGUCGGCAUCAGGUACAACGCCACCAUGGACGAGAGGCGCUACAUGCCGCGGGCACACCUGGACGAGGGCAGCGACCAGUUCACCAACAGGGCCGCGCUACUCUCUGCCAGCCAGGAUCACUGCCAGCGGAUCAACUUCCAUGUCCUGGACACUGCUGACUAUGUGAAGCCGGUGGCCUUUUCGGUCGAGUAUUCCCUGGAGGACCCUGAGCACGGCCCUGUGCUGGACGAUGGCUGGCCCACCACGCUCAGAGUCUCGGUGCCCUUCUGGAACGGCUGCAGUGAGGAUGAGCACUGUGUCCCCGACCUGGUGCUGGAUGCCCGGAGCGACCUGCCCACAGCCAUGGAGUACUGCCAGAGGGCGCUGAGGAAGCCCGCGCAGGACUGCUCGGCCUACACGCUGUCCUUUGACACCACCGUUUUCAUCGUAGAGAGCACGCGGCGGCGAGUGGCAGUGGAGGCCACGCUGGAGAACAGGGGCGAGAACGCCUACAGUGCGGUGCUGAACAUCUCGCAGUCCCCCAACCUGCAGUUCGCCAGCCUGAUCCAGAAGGAUGACUCGGACAGCAGCAUCGAGUGCGUGAACGAGGAACGGAGGCUGCACAAGAAAGUCUGCAACGUCAGCUACCCUUUCUUCAGGGCCAAGGCCAAGGUAGCUUUCCGGCUGGACUUCGAAUUCAGCAAGUCUGUCUUUCUGCACCACCUGGAGAUCCAGCUCAGCUCCGGCAGUGACAGUGACGAGCAGGACAGCACGAAGGAGGACAACACGGCCCUUCUGCGCUUCCACCUCAAGUACGAGGCAGACGUCCUCUUCACCAGGGGCAGCAGCCUGAGCCACUACGAGGUCAAGGCCAACAGCUCCCUGGAGAGGUACGACGGCUUCGGGCCUCCCUUCAGCUGCGUCUUCAAGAUCCAGAACCUGGGCUUCUUCCCCAUCCACGGAGUGACGAUGAAGAUCACUGUCCCCGUCGCCACCAGGGGCGGCAACCGCCUGCUAGUGCUGAGGGACUUCCUCACCGACCAGGCGAACUCAUCCUGUAACAUCUGGGGCAACACCACCGAGUACCGGCCCACCCCCAUGGAGGAGGACCUGAGUCAGCUCCUACAGCUGAAUCACAGCAACUCUGACGUGGUCUCCAUCAACUGCAAUGUGAAGCUGGACCCCAACCAGGAGGUCAACUUCCACCUGCUGGGGAACCUGUGGCUGAGGUCCCUGAAGGCACUCAAGUUCAGGUCCCUGAAGAUCACGGUGAACGCGGCCCUGCAGAGGCAGUUCCACAGCCCCUUCAUCUUCCGAGAGGUGGACCCUAGCCGCCAGGUCACCUUCGGCAUCUCCAAGCAGGAAGACUCGCAGGUCCCCAUCUGGAUCGUCCUGGGCAGCACGCUGGGCGGCCUCCUGCUGCUCGCCCUGCUGGUCCUGGCUCUGUGGAAGCUGGGCUUCUUUAAAAGUGCCAAGCGCAAGAGGGAGCCUGGCACAGACCCCAGCCCCAAAGUGCUAGAGUGAGGCCCUGGACAAGGC